AUGGCAGCCUUUUCCCACAGAAAUUCUGUUUGGUCCAAAUUGAAAUGGAUUUCUUCAGGAUUUUCUGAUAUCUCUAGAUAUUGUAUCCUGAAUCUGCAUACUUGGAUUUCAACAGGAAUGACUGUCUUGGCCUCGUAUACUAGAGAAAAGGGCGUUUCUCCUGUAACUGUUCAAAGGCUGGUUCUGUAUGCCCAUAGUAUAUGGGGUGUAUUUGAUGGAAAAUUACCAAAUGGACGACCAUCUUAUACCAUUGAUAACACAAAUCAUGUUGUAUUAGUGAUUGGUUAUGGUACUGAUCUUUAUGGAAGGGACUAUUUUCUCAUCAAGAAUUCGUGGGGAACCCAAUGGGGAGAUGGAGGAUAUGCAAAAUUGUUAAGGGUGGGUGGAGCUGCUCUUUGGGCUAAUGUAGCUAUCUCUCGUGAGCUCCACCAUCACUCUCGACUGCCCACCAUGAUGGAGAAGUAUAAACAGUGGAUGGCAAGAUAUGGAAGGGUUUAUAAAGAUUUUUCUGAGCAACAGAAACGGUUUCAGAUAUUCAAGUAUAAUGUUGCUUUGGUAGAAGCCUUCAAUGCCGUAGGAAACAAAUCCUUUAAUGUAAGCAUUAAUCAAUUUGCAGAUCUAACCCAAGAAGAGUUUAGAAAAUACUAUCUUGGGGCUGAACCUCCUUCUCAAUCCAGUUUAAGAAAUAUUCAAACUUUGAAUUAUGAAAACACGAUUGAAUUGCCUCCUUCAAUAAAUUGGAAAACUGCUAGAGCUGUUACGGGCAUCAAGGACCAAGGCCAAUGUGGAAGUUGCUGGGCUUUUGCAGUAGUGGCAGCCGUUGAAUCUGCAUAUAAAAUAAAAUAUGGACGAUUGAUAGCUUUAUCAGAGCAACAACUUUUAGACUGUGUUUCACCUGGAUCUUUAAAUAAUGAUUAUUGUGGUUAUGGUAAACCGUUGCAUGCCUAUAGCUAUAUAAUGGCUAAUGGUGGCUUGACUACAGAAGACAAUUAUCCAUAUCACAAAGAAAAGGGCUACUGUGCAAAUUGGCGUGCAUAUCAAAUUGCAGUUGAAAUACAAAACUAUUAUAGUAUUCCAUCUUAUUCAGAGGCCACAAUUAUGCAAGCACUAGUGCAACAGCCCGUGGUUGUAAUUAUUGAUGGGUAUAAUUCUGGUUUUAUGUUAUACGGUGGAGGUGUAUUUGAUGGAAAAUUACCAAAUGGACGACAAUCUUGUACCACUAACACAAAUCAUGUUGUAUUAGUGAUUGGUUAUGGUACUGAUCCUUAUGGAAGGGACUAUUUUCUCAUCAAGAAUUCGUGGGGAACCCAAUGGGGAGAAGGAGGAUAUGCAAGAUUGUUAAGGGUGGGUGGAGCCGGCAUUUGUGGAAUAACAAACUGGCCCAGUAUUCCUUUAGUUUAA